UGACGGCACUCCCGCAACGCGCGGUCCACAGUUCAACACGUGCUUUCCGCCGGUACCGGUCUCCAGAUAAACUUUAAUCACAGAUUAUUUUACCACAAAUGUAUAAAACAAGCGGCUCAGUGAUAAACUCAUCAGUAUACCCAAGUAUCAGUGAAUAGUGAACGCGUUUAAAUAUUGGUGGAUUGAAAUUAUCGGAAUAUUCGACGUAAGUUUUGCUGCGAUUAUUACUUAGCUUGAAAAAGCGUUCAAAAAUGGCUCCGAAUGCAACAGACGUAAAUGGGGUGCUCUUCGAGAGCGACGCCGUGACCCCGGACAUGGCUUUGCCGAAUACCCCAGUGGCACAGGCAGACAACACGCCCAAGCAGUAUGUGUGGAGAAACAUCAUCCUCUUUGCAUACCUCCACCUCGCAGCCGUAUACGGCGGAUACCUCUUCCUAUUCUCUGCUAAAUGGCAAACGGACCUUUUUGCCUACAUCUUGUAUGUAAUGUCUGGGUUGGGUAUCACCGCUGGAGCUCACCGACUCUGGGCACACAAGUCCUACAAAGCUAAAUGGCCUCUCCGCCUCAUUCUGGUUAUCUUCAACACCAUUGCUUUCCAGGAUUCGGCAAUAGACUGGGCUCGUGACCACCGCAUGCACCACAAGUACUCUGAGACUGACGCGGACCCUCACAACGCAACUCGCGGCUUCUUCUUCUCCCACAUCGGCUGGCUGCUGGUCCGCAAGCAUCCUGAGCUCAAGAAGAAGGGCCAAGGACUCGACCUUAGUGACCUGUAUGCCGAUCCCAUCCUGCGCUUCCAGAAGAAGUACUACAUCUACCUGAUGCCGCUGGCUUGCUUCGUGAUGCCGACGGUGGUGCCGGUGUACCUGUGGGGCGAGAGCUGGACCAACGCGUUCUUCGUGUGCGCAUUGUUCCGGUACGCCUUCAUCCUCAACGUGACGUGGCUGGUCAACUCCGCCGCCCACAAGUGGGGCGACAAGCCCUACGACAAGAGCAUCAAGCCCGCUCAGAACCUGUCGGUGUCCGUGUUCGCGCUCGGCGAGGGCUUCCACAACUACCACCACACCUUCCCCUGGGACUACAAGACCGCCGAGCUCGGCAACAACUCGCUCAACUUCACCACCAACUUCAUCAACUUCUUCUCGAAGAUCGGCUGGGCGUACGACUUGAAGACGGUCUCCGAUGAGAUCGUGAAGGCGCGCGUGGAGCGCACCGGCGACGGCUCGCACCACCUGUGGGGCUGGGGCGACAAGGACCACGACCAGAAGGAGAUCAACGCCGCCAUCAGGAUCAAUCCCAAGGACGACUAAACUGUUCACUGAGCUUACCAAUUUAUAAAGUGUUACUAAUUUUAACCACAAUAAAAGACACUUGCGUAGAAGUAGUAUGUCGAACUCUAAUUUCGUUUUCAUUGUCUUCGACGCUCCUAGUAGGUGCAUGCUUUGUGGACGUAUGUAUGUUUCAUCAUUAUCUAGUUUUCCUACAUAGAUUAAGUUUAAUAUUACUAUGUCUUAGAUUAUUUAAGAGCGCAAAAUAAUUUAUUAUGAAGCGUUUAUGUGCAAGCUAAAACUAUGCAAUUUUUUUUAUAUUAAUUGUACUUACUACAAAACAUACCUAAAUGUAACCUUAGUCGUUCGUGAUAACGAAGUAAAUAUUAUACAUGUUUGUACGAAAGUUAUAUUAUAAACUUAUAAAGUUUAUAAAUGUAAGUAACUUAUGUGAUAAGUUAGGUAACACAUCAGUAUUAUAGACCACAUAUUUCUAUUGACAUGUUUCCUCAUAUGUAUAGCUACUAGUCCGAUCGCAUUUGUAGUGAACUAAGUACAAGAUUUUAUAGUUUGAGCUACAAAUAUUACAAUAAGAUUGUAGUGAAUCUAUCCGGCUAAAAUACAUAUUUAAUAUGGUUAAUUUAUAUUAAGAUAUGUGGUGUAUAACAUGAAGGGUUCACGGAAUUUAUGCAUAGUAAGUGUACGUACAUUCAUGACGGGGAAUGGUUGUUACAUUAUGUAUGUAUGGAAAAUGACUGACGUGUAAAGACUUGUGAUAUUUAUUUAUUAGGUCGGAUGGGAGUUAUGUCACGUUGCAAUGACAAAUACCACCGAGACAGGUCAUAUAAUGUCCUUAACAUGGGAGAUAAAAUGCCACAUCGAAACAAUUCAUCUAAAAAAGCAAUAUUGCCAGUUUGACAUGUGCGCAUAUAAAAGUAAGUGCGCAAUGCAAAUGUCAAAUAGCAAUAUUGCUUUUCAAGAUGAUUUGCUUCGAUGUGGCCUUUUUAACCCCCCACUCUAUAGCUGCCGGCAUUAUAGGGUUUCAUAAUUUAUCACCAGAAUAAAUAUGAAUAGUGUUAAAUAAAAAUGUCUUCUUUUAUUAUUAACUUCUUCCUAUUAGUAAAUCUACGGAUUUAAUUAACAAAGUAGUUGAGAGCACAUUCUUAUAACGAUAUAGCACUUAUUUGUUAGCUGUAGUAAUAAUGUUCUCACUAAGAUUUUGUCUUCAAAGAAUCCAUAAUGUUUAACAUAAGUACUAAUUGUUAUUUAUGUUCAUUAUACUAAAUGGUACAAAGA